ACAUAUUGCCUAUAUAUAUAAGCCCUAUUUCCCUAACAACAAUCAUAAGAAGGACAGAGCAGAAACAGCGCGAUCGCUGUUAGGGUUCGAUAUCUUCUCUGCAGAUCGCGUAAGGUUUCAGAUCUGUCUUUCUGUUUUGGUUUCUCUGAAAAAAUGUCUCGCGUCUAUGUUGGUAACUUGGAUUCACGAGUCUCUGAGCGGGAUCUUGAAGACGAAUUUCGUGUCUUUGGAGUUAUUCGAAGUGUUUGGGUUGCUCGAAGGCCUCCAGGUUAUGCUUUCAUCGAUUUUGAUGAUCACAGGGACGCACAGGAUGCAAUUCGUGAAUUAGAUGGCAAAAAUGGCUGGAGGGUCGAGCUUUCUCACAACUCCAGAGGUGGAGGUGGUGGCCGUGGUGGGGGUCGUGGUCGCUCUGGUGGUUCUGAUUUGAAGUGCUAUGAGUGUGGUGAGCCUGGCCAUUUUGCCCGUGAAUGUCGACAACGUGGUGGUUCAGGAAGACGUCGUAGCCGCAGCCCUAGAUACCGCAGAAGUCCAAGUUAUGGAAGAAGGAGUUACAGCCCUCGUGGGAGAUCCCCAAGACGCCGCAGUUUGUCACCUCGUGGACGCAGUUAUAGCAGGUCACCCCCACCUUACCGUGGACGUGAAGAGUUUCCUUAUGCCAAUGGAAAUGGUGUAAGGGAUCGUCGCCGCAGCAGGAGCUGAGCAUUGGAAACUUGUAGCUUGACUUUUGUUGAGAGGAUACUGGAUUAAGUGUGUUUAGUAUGUUUGGACUUCAGUACAACUAUGUUUUUAUUUGGAUGACGCCCUCAGUCUCUCUUGGAUUUGGAUAAGUUUUCUUCUUACUUAGUUUAUAUGUUGGCUAUUUUCUUUUAGCUAUGACAAGUUGCAUUACCUUCUUGGUCAAAACAAUAUAGAAUUUAUUAUUAUAAUUUUAUUUAUGUAGUUAUUAAGAACUCCGCUAAAAGUACAUGCUUCUCUUUUUUGUGUCGAGGACAAGGUGUCUUCUGGGUCUGCCUCAUUGGUUUUGUGGUUCUACACUUCCUUGGGCUUCAUUGUGUGCUACCCUGCUAUGGGAUCUUCAAUUUUCAAUGAUUGUGGGUCAUCUUUAGAUGCUUCUGUUUGAUUGAAUCUCCUGCUGUGAAGCGUCUCUCCUCAAAUUCUAGUGGCAUUUCUUUUAGUUUACUUGAUUGGAUAGAGGAGCUGCUUCAAACACUUCUGGAAGGUACUUAAUCUGUUCUACAGAAGUUUGGGUUUCUUGGGUUCUCUUAAACUAAAAGAGCUUGGAAUUUUAAAAUCAAAAUUUAGUGUGAAUCUAAUAGAAAUAAAGACUUCUAUUUUCUGGGGAGCACACCCUGUUUUCUGAUUCAUUAUGUUGAAGAAGAGGCUUCUUCUGACUUCAGAAUGGAAGGUUACCUGCUUGCUGUUCCAAUAUUCUGUUUUGUCAUCAAGAUGACAAGGAAGAAUAAUAUUCUGAUUGGAUCUGCUUGGGUUGGUUCUUAGACUGAUCUAUUUAUUUUUCAGCAUGUAAAUCGGUUACCAUAUAUUGUUAGACAUGGAGUUCUGCAGCAUAACCUUGGAAAAAUUCUUUAUUUUUGCCCAAA